AUGAGUAAGUGCAGUACGACAACGCGCAAAAUCAAUGGAGGCUUGAAGGAUUACUACACAAGACGACGUCCUGGCAACAGGAUGAAGGUGGCGCCCUUGACCGCCCUCGUGGCAGUCCUGGCGAGCUUGACGGCGGCCGAGCGUCCUCUCUCCGCUCCCCCCGCCCAUCCCUCUUGCGGCCUGAGACCCGACGCCCACGGAGGAGACGCGACCUGCACAACGGGAGGGGCGGAAUCCGAGAAAGGUUUCGAAACGAGGGAAGCGGACGAAGUCGAUGUGAAGGAGACAAGAGGGAAAGAAGAACUAGGAGGUGGAGAAGGAGGCGAAGGGCAGGUGGAGAGGGAAAGGGAAAGGGACGGGGCGAGAGCGUUGACACAAGAGGGAGAUUUUGAAAAGUUCAUUAAUGAAGGUCACGUCCAUAUUGUAUAUUUUUAUGCCACAGGAGGUUCUGAGGCGAUCCGGAGAUUCCUGGCGGAGUACAAUGAGUCAGCGAAACACUUACUACAGUACAAGGUGUAUCUAGCAACAGUGGAGUGCGGGCAGUACCCUGUGCCUGGUUACUGCGGACAGGACAAGGUGGGCAGGACGGCCUACGGAUUUCGCGAUGGACAAGAGCGCAUCGCCUUUCCACUCGAUACACUUUUCAAUCUCAAUGCCAUCGUGGCCUCAGCCCUUCACCUGGCCAUGAUCAACACGGUGCCCAUCUUGCAAACGGCAGGAGAGAGGAAGGACCUCGAACUGCGCUGCCGUGGCCGCUGCGACAUCAUCUUCUCAUACCAACGCACCCUCGGGACUUACGAGCACCGAAUGUUCCUGGAAACAGCGCACGCUUACCAAGACCGGUACAUGUUCGCCAUCACAACCUACACAGCGGGUACACUCGGGCUCUCUCCCACUGCAAAGGACCAAGAAGUGGGACACAGCCUGUGGGUGGUGCACUGCGCGGACAAGACACCGGAGGAGGAAUGUGUGGUCAGCAGGUACCGCCGUAAGAUGGUUCUCUCACAGCUGGUGCAGUUCCUUGCCGCCCUUCAGCUGCCGAAAUGGCACGAGGUCAGGUUGGCGGCCGGGUCAAGGCAGGUCGUCACUCCCUACGACCACACAGAGAUGCCCUGGAUUAUCCUCCUGCAUGACUCCGCUUCUCGUAGUCGUGUCAUGACAUUCGUGCCCCAUUUGGCACAGCUCCUGCAUGGCACUGCUGCGACACUCACCUUUAAUUUGGAACAGGAAGGCGUCGAAGUCCUGGCUGAUCUUGGGCUCUCUUUGUCGAACAUCGUUGCCCCUGCCAUGGCCAUCCUGCAGCCGCCGCAUCUCAGGAAACCCACGGCGACGGUACCUCUGCUGAACGACUACGACGACCCUCUGGAAUGGCUAAACGACCAACUGGACGACCUCCAGAUCCAACCCGUACUUAGCAAGGAGGAACAGGGUUACGUCCCCAUCGAAUCCCUGGAGUUGCAACAGGACGACGAACUUGUGCAAGAGAUGGUUCCCGAAGAGAGGUUGUUGCACGUGCCAGCUCUCGAAGGCCCCGAGGCACUCAGCGCAGCCCUCGCGCCCUCGCCCUCACGCACCCUCACUGCCCUGGCCUUUACGCUGCACUGGGAUCCCGUGAGCAACAUUCUCCUGCAACACCUGGACAGCAUCAUCCCCCAACUCCACGAGCUGGGAAGCCACGCCUCCCUCUACCGCGUCAACUGCUUCGACUGGCCCAAGGUGUGCGACGCCAACGGGGUCUCGACGUAUCCGGUGCUGCGCCUCCAUCCGAAGGGCGCCAACAACAUCACCUACGACGGGGCCAUCAGUGGGGCCAGCAUCCUCAAGGCGAUCCUGCUCUGCGAAGGAUCGACGCCCUUGGAAGUGACGUCAGGAGAGGUGCUGGAGGAGCUGCUUCGUCUCUCGCCCUCCCUGCACCCUGCCCUCGCCCUCCCGUCGCCUCCUGCCGUGGCCGUGGGCGUGUUUGCGACUCUCAGAGACUAUAAGGAUAUGGUUACGGGACUUGAGCCCACUAGACCACACAAACCACUUAAAAUGAUUGUUUCUUGUUUAAAAGGAUUGUUUGGGGAAAUCACCACUCGUUUAGUUACUGUGUUACCUCAUUCUUCUGCCGCUUUCAGAUGUACCGACUACGAUCCAACACCAUACGCGGCCGGAGUAACACAGGCGGCAGCGAUAUUGCGAGGAACCCACUUGGUAGCUCGUCACAUUUCUCCUGCCGCCACAUCGUCAAUGUGUGGGAGUCGUGCCGGGUGCGUGGUCGUGGCCAAGCCCCACGACCGCUACCAGCCGCGACGGAUCCUGCACGACCAUCUGAACGACCCUUCCGCAAUCGCCAAUAUCCUGCGAUAUGCGACCUUACCCGUUAUGGGACGACUAGACCCAGAGCGCUACGCCGCCCUGACCCAGUCUGGGGGCGCCCGAUCAGAUGACCUGGCUCCCGACCAGUACCACGUGAUCCUGUUCUUGCCUGCCGCGUCCUCAGAGUUCCCGCCGAGCACCCGGGAGCCGAGAGACGCCGCCCUGGACGCUGUGGGCCAGGUGGCGGCGAAGGCGGCGGGCCCCGACCUCACCUUCUCCUGGCUCUCUAUGGACGACCCGACCGCCAGGGACAUUUCGCGCACCUACGGCCUGGACGAGAGCAAGCGCGUCCUGGUCGCCGUGAACCUCCACGCCAAGACGGUCACCGUUUACCCUCACGCCGACUUGGACCCUUCGUCUCUCCUGCCGUGGCUGCAGGAAGUCAGGGUCGGCGCUUUAGAACACACCUUGACGCUGGCUGACAACGCCUGGGAGCCAAGUUUGGCCGGAAUCGACUACCUGCGGCUUCUGGAGGAGGACGCGGUAAGAGAGGCGGAGGAUAACCUUAUUCUCGAGAUGGAGGCCGACCUCAGCACUCGAGCCUCUGCAGAUGACGGCCUCAUGGAUCCGUUGUUCGUCCACGAGGAAUUGUGAUUGUGACGUCAGGCGCCCACGACAUUCUGACAGCAUCUGACUGACACCGGAGUGCUGUUGGAUUAUGCUGUAUUUAGUGUGUUACCUUUGCUUCUUUUUUCUACUUCUUUCUCCUCCAUCUUCUCCUCCUUCAUUUCCUUCUCCUCCUCCUCCUCCCUCUCCUUCUCCCCUUCUUCUUCCUCCCUCUCCUUCUUCUUCCCUUCCUUCUUCCCCAAUCUUCUCCUCUCCAUUCUCCUCCUCCUCGUUCUCCUCUUUCUUCCUCUUCUUUUUCUUCUUAUUUUCCAUCUCAUCCUAUCCUCUACACCUUCCUCUGAUACACCGGCCGGCAGUAUAUCCUUCCUCACCACACAUUAUAUCCUCUUUUUUAACUUUUCUUAUCUAACAACAAACGACUCUGUCCUCAGCAUCCAUCCCCUCCUCCCUCCUUAUUCCUUCUCUACAUGCCCAUACCCUCUCGUCCCUCUCACUUUGUGUCUUUAUGUGACGAGAAUGUGUAAGUGUAGCAAACCUAGGAUUACUACUGUCUUCAACUCUGCAUUACACGGAAAUGCUAUUUGUACCGGGAUAUUGAAGUGAGAAAUGUCUGGUAAUUGUCUGAUAUUUAUUGUGGAUUUGAUAUCUACUGUAUUGUGCCUGUAUUAGGUUACGAGGUUUGAAGCCGAAAUGACUUUUACGAAUUAUUCUUCAAUUAAAGUUUGGAAAAUAGUAGUGGUUUUAACUCAUAUUAUACAAUGACAUCGUCCGUCUGAAAGUCCUUUAAAAUUCGUAUUUCUUCGUUCGUACUUGUUUGUUUCUCAUGGCAUAGACGCAAAACCUAACAGUAGAGAGGAGAGAAAAAGAGAGAGUAAAAAAAUGAAAAUACCUACACUGCAGUGAACUUAAAACGACAGGGAGCAACAAUGCAAAAGCAAAACUAGGGUCGUGUGCGAGGACAACAUCGCUGACAAUAACUCCUUUCUCGAGUGCCAAGAACUCAUUUUUUCCUAUAUAUAAUCUAUUAAACAUGCUUAUACCAAAUCUAUCAAUGACACUGAAGGGCUGAAACUAAAUGGGGAAUUUAAUGACCAUCUGAAUAAGACAUGAGUAUUAAACGUAGCAUUCAUAAUAUAUCUUGUGAGAGUGCAGAGUGUGCUAUAAGAGUGCUGGGUUAUAACAUUUUAUAACCGCUUCAUUCGAUUAAAUACAGCUCGGUUAUUUUUUCAUUUAAUUUAUUAGAAGAUAUACUUCUGUUGCCUUUUGAUAUCUUGCAAGAUAUUAAAAACAAAUUCUCUACGGUCUUUAUUUUGUAAUUAUUUCAUCUUUUUUAUUCAAUUACGAUAACUCUUUUGAUCUCUGCCAGACAAAAUUGAGAUGAAAUACACAUAACAGGAAAUUAUAUAUUCCUUUAGAAAAUACAAUACGGUCUGAAGGCUUUUCUAUACAAGUUAAUCUGCAUAUUAAAGGAAAACGUAACAGGAAGCAAAAAAAGGUGAUACAAAAAUCCAAAAUAAAUGGUGUACUUUGACUUUGGAUUCUGAAAAAAGUCUUAACUUUUAGGUAAAUAAAGGAAGGAGUAGUUUUAUUGUACAGUAACUUUAUUUGAAAUAUCAUUUCGUCAUACACUGUCUAACUUUUUUGGCAAUGAACAUAUAAAUUAAAGUUAACUUUCAAUU